AUGGCACCAACAACAAAGAUGGCCGUUGAGAUGAAGAGAGAAGCAAGUCCUAACGUCGGGAAAAGGGCUUACGUCACUUUCCUAGCUGGAAACCAAGACUAUUGGAUGGGUGUGGUUGGUCUGGCCAAGGGACUUCGUAAGGUUAAAUCGGCUUAUCCUCUUGUUGUGGCGAUUCUCCCUGACGUGCCGGAGGAACACCGUCAAAUCUUGGUUGCUCAGGGAUGCAUCGUCCGUGAAAUCGAGCCUGUCGUCCCGCCGGAAAACCAAGUCGGUUAUGCCAUGGCUUAUUACGUCAUCAACUACUCCAAGCUUCGUAUUUGGGAGUUUGUGGAGUAUGAGAAGAUGAUAUAUCUAGAUGGAGACAUACAAGUGUUUGGUAACAUCGAUCAUCUAUUCGAUUCACCUUCCGGUUACUUGUAUGCCGUCAGAGACUGUUUUUGCGAGGGAAGCUGGUCCAAAACUCCUCAGUACAAGAUCGGUUAUUGCCAACAGUCACCGGAAAAAGUGACGUGGCCGGUGGACAGUCUCGGUCCUCCGCCUCCGGCUUACUUCAACGCUGGUAUGUUGGUUUUCGAACCGAGUCUUGUCACAUACGAGGAUAUUCUUCAAGUUGUUAAAGUCACUGCUCCAACUUCUUUUGCUGAACAGCCAAUCCCUACGACCUACAACCUCGUCUUGGCUAUGCUUUGGCGUCAUCCUGAGCACGUUGACCUUGACCAAAUCAAUGUUGUUCACUACUGUGCUAAAGGUUCGAAGCCUUGGAGAUUCGCUGGAGCUGAAGAGCAUAUGGAUCGAGAAGACAUCAAGAUGUUGGUGAAGAAAUGGUGGGAGAUUUACGAAGAUUCGAGCUUGGACUACAAGAACUUUGUCGAAACUGAGUCAAAGCUUAACCCGAUCAUUGCAGCCUUAGCCUCCAAAGAAUCCGCCGGAGAUGGCCUCACCAACCUCGCUCCCUCCGCCGCAUAACCAACCGUGGAGGCUAUUCUGUCUCUUUCGUUUUUUUGUUUAUCCAAGGUUUAGCUAUAUAUAUAUAUAUAAUUUUAGAAUAAUUAUAUAUAGCAGCCUAUUUUCAUGUUUUAUGUUUGUGAGAUUGUGUGGUUGGCCUUAGUGUUUUGUCAAAGUAAUAACCUCGGCCACCCUUUGUAUCUCAUUUUCCUUUUAUCAUUUACCAAUAAUAA